AUGCACAUCUUCUUUGCUGCAUUUUCUUCGUAUUUGAUUUCAGGGGCAAUUGAUACCUUUUGCAUUACACUGAAUGAGACUUGAGCUUCAGUUUUUGUUGCUGAUAUUAGUCUUGCAGUAUUUUUCCAAGAAUUAAGAGAUUUGAGUAAAUUGUAUUUAACUGCGUGGGUUAAGUUUGUAAGCAAAUCUUUGAUAUUCUUUGAGUGGUCCACAAACUCAAGCUGAGUUGUAGGCUUAUUUAAAAUUUCGAAUACUGGCCUAUUUCUUGGAGCUGAUCUGACUUUAACUGCCUUUGUCUUUCUCUUAGCAAUUGCUGUAUUUUUCUUAUGAUGGUUUAUUUUCCAUCUAUUAAUAACUUUUUGAAGAUUUCCUCUGAAAAUUCUAGCUAAAUUAUAA